CUGAACUCCCUCGACCUUGCCGCCUUGCGCUGCAGGACGGCGAGACGCCUUUUGUCCCCACAGGUAUAAACCAGUGGCAAUGACCGCCAUGAUGUCCCCAUUGCCUACCAGCACUGCCCAGAAACCCGAUAUCCUGCAAUGGAUUUCACCGCACACCCAACGUACAACCUCCUCGAUGAUAUUCACACCGAUCUCUUCCCCUCUGCCUCCAAGGGGCUCUACGAGGGCUUUACCCAUGGAGACCUGGAGCAAACAGGGCUGCUAGCUGCGACGCCCGACGAUUAUCCUCGACCCGAACUCGAAGCUCUCAUCAGCGAGCUUUCGGACCCCUUCCGUGCGCCUAUGCCACCACCAUAUUUCGGCACGGAUACAACCUGGGAUUCCGCAGACACCCUACCCGCAACCUUCAAUGAGGCCAACUCUCUCUGCGGCUACCCUCCUCCAGCCCCGUGGCUCUCGGAAGCGCUACCGAUGAGCGUCGCAGAUUCGCCCCACAUUCCUCCCUUCGCCUUCGGCGCUGGGAGCUCAUAUUCGAGCCCUAGUGGCAGCUCUGCGGGUGCCUCGUCUUCGACCCCGUCCUCAGCCCAUCCUGGGAGCGAGAUAGCCUCUCUCGCAGCCUCCCCGUCCGUUGCCACUGCCGGCCCCUCAAAGCCGCGAGGAGGUCCGUCGUCGCGCAAGGGCACCACCCGAGCCAGGCGCGCGCGAUCAAGUGCACCCUAUCUCGUCCCCCAAUCUUUCACGUCGACGCUCCUCGGCCGGGUCCGCACGACGUCUCCCCGCAAUAAGCAGGUUGGCUUCACUUCGACCACGCAGCGCGAGAAGCACGCUGGUUGGUUCACUUGUUCGCAUUGCGACUUCCUGACGCGACGGAAGGGCGACUUCGAGCGCCACGUCCGCACGCACUUCGCUCUCAGUCGCGGACCUGAGUGGGUUUGCUGCGGUGUGCCGGAGGAGGACGCUCCCGGACAUGCGGGGGGAAGUUAUGAGCAUGGUGGGAGGAGGAUGGUCGGGGGUUGUAUGAAGACGUUCAGUCGCCGGGACUCGUUUCUGCGGCAUCUGACGACGAAGGUGGAAUGCUUGCGACCUGCAAAUCCGUAG